UUCCGACUCACUGGAAGUCAUUUCCAGAAGCGCUUCUUGGAAACGCGUGAAUCCCGCUGGAACGAUCUCUUUGGGUGGAACUAACUGAACGAUCACCUUCUCUUCGAAGCUGAAUUUAAGAUCGAAUAGCGAAGGCAAAGCAAUGGGGAUAGAAGAAAAGAAAACUGCAAAUUCUGAAUUUCAUGUUCCUCAGGAACAGACUGGAUCACAGCCGUCGAAAGAAACCUCUGAAGAAGCCACAACAAAAAGCAGGCCAAAAGACGGUGUUGAUAAUUACGGGGCCGAACUUGACGAAGCUAUUCAUAAAGCUUCGUCAGCGUUUGAAAAGUUUUCUUCAACAUCAAAGAGAGCCUACGAAAUCCUUAUUGGUGAUUACAACGCUUUCAUUGAAGAAAAGAAAAUCUUUGAAACAAUGACGAAAAAACUUAAGGAAACGCAGUUCUCGAAUAUCGUCACUUUAAACAUCGGCGGAGAGAAGUAUUCCACUGGAUUACCAACUUUUAAAAAAUGGAAGGACAGUUAUUUUGAGAAAAUGUUCUCAGGAAGAAUCGUUUUGGAGAAGAGUUCAGACGGCUCGUUUUUCAUUGACCGUGAUGGAUCCCUUUUCAGGCAUAUCCUCAACUAUCUGCGCACUGAGAAAAUAACGUCGGCCAUGAAACAGCUUGCUGAGGAACUAAUUGAUGAGGCAAAGUUCUUUGGUUUAUCUGGCUUGGAAAUCGCACUUUCAGCACCAACGACAGAAGCCAACAGCGAAGACUCGGUUCCAAUGCAAGAGAGCAAGAAAGCAGAUGAUGCAGGUCUGCGAGAAAAAAUUGAGCAUAAUGCACUCAAACAAAAAGAAAUUCUCGAGGUUGCUGCAGAUGAACUUAGUAUUUGUAAUGAUCUUUUGAAAACAAGCAUUACAUUAACAGAGAUGAAGAAACAAAACUUUGAAAAAAAUGCUAAAAAGCUGGAAGAUGUCCAUUUUUCUGAUGUUGUUAAGUUAAAUGUCGGUGGGCAUAUUUUUGUAACUAGCAUCACUACACUACAAAAAGAUCCCGACAGCAUGCUUGCUACAAUGUUUUCCGGCCGAUUUGACGUUGUAAAACAGGAUGAUGGCAGCUACUUUAUUGACCGCGAUGGCACACAUUUUCGACACAUCCUGAAUUUUCUGCGAACAGGAGGUGUACCUAGAGAUACCCUUAAUGACUUUGGAGAGGAGUUGGAGACAGAGGCCGAUUACUACAAUCUCAGAGGUUUGGCCAACAUGGUUGCAAAGUUGAGUCCAGUAAAGAUAAACGACAACGGUGAAGUAACCAUCACGUCAAUGGAAACUUUAAGGAAAGAUCCGGAGUUUGCGGAAUUUCUUUUCAGUGAACAGGGAGCGGUACAGAAGAUUGAAGAUGCUUUUGUUCUUCCUCCUCCGAAGCACCACAUCGCUGAGGUGAUAGAAUUCCUUCAUCAUGGUGAACUCCCGUCUGACGUUAAAUAUAAACUGAGAGACUGCCUUCUCGCCACUGCCAUUCGGUUUCAUAUCACAACACUUCAAAAGUUGUUUGAUGGAUUUGCUUUGUCUAAGAUACUAAAUGAGCAGGAAAGUUACAUUAAUAUUCUGAAGACCUGGUUUGAAACGAACAAAAUCAACCUUGCACCAGUCUUGAUCUACUGUGCGGAAGAAGAUGGAUGGAAAUCAACUGAGUUUCAUAAGCACUGUGACGGAAAAGGAGCAUCCUUGGUUUUAAUUGAAUCUACAGCUGGUUGCAUCUUUGGCGGUUUCUCUCCUCGCGGUUGGCAGCCCUCUCUAACCGGUGCAGAACGAAAUGCUUUUUUGUUCAGUCUCAAGUCUCUGGAAUGGCAAGAGCCGGUGUUGAUGCCGUUGAAUGAAAAUGCUGGAAGCUACCAUGAUUCCAAUUAUGGGCCUUUGUUUUUUGAUUGGUUAACUGCCCAGAAUCAUCUUUCUAUUGCAAGUGAAGCAAAUCGUAUUAAUUCGUCAUACACCUACAACAAUGGCAUCUUACUUCCAGAAUCAGUACCCAAAACAAACACAUUUCUCGCAGGACAACAAAAAUUUUUGGUUAAACAACUGGAAGUCUUUGCUGUUUAACACACGAAUCGCCAUUAAAGAGCACCAUAAAAUUGUUCAUGUAGUCUCAAGCACUCUUAAUGAGCUUUGGUGGAGCACGAAUUAUUAUAGGGACAUAAUAAUGUUGGAUGACUUUAUGAAAUAUUAUAUGUGUUUUUCACAGUUUUGUUAUUAGUAAUGUACGGUAGGCAGUAUUAAGAAAGACGUCUGAUAGCGGGAAAAGAAAGAUCUUUGGAAGUAAAAUAAGCAUGCAGUGUCGUAUUUGUCUUUCAUCUUAGCUGUAUCGCUGAUUUUUUAAAUUCCUUGAAAUUGAAUUCACUGUAUUGAAUAAAUCCUAACAUUGUAUCACAAGAGGGAGGUUUGUAUUAACACAUAUAAUCGUUAUAUUUCAGCAAGAAUAUACGGGUCUUUUUGUUCUAAAUUCUCAUGUAAGGAAUCAAAUAAUCGGUACUUUAGUGCUGAAAAAAUAUCUAAAAUAUUGAUUGAACAGGUACCGUCAUGUGAUAUAAAAACAGACAAUUCAUGUACCUAAUUCAGCCCCAGCCUUUUGUAGGCAGGUGUAAAUGCUCAACUAUUAUACUUUGAUUAGUGGUUAGUGGUAUGUAUAGAAAGAUAGGCUCUUUACUUACGUGCUGUGUUGUAUUGCUUGCAUCAGACGUCAGAUUCAUCUCAAGCGCAUGCUCUUUAAUAUUGACCUUUAAACUUUAAUAAAUACUUUUAGAAGACUUUAGAAAAUUUUUGUUAUUUUCAUAUUUUCAUAUUUACAUUGUAGUAAGAAAUUGUCCAUUUUAUGUUUGUGUGGUUCA